AUGUGGACUGCCUGGAAACCCCGACUCUGGGUGGGAUUCCAAGUCAGGGAGGCUGUUGGCCCAGGAGGUUGUUUUUUUUUUCCUGGUUGUUGCUCUGACAGUCACAAGUGUCUGCUUGGAACUCUCUGUUUGAAAGGUUUUGGCCUUUCAAGUGAAAUGUAUUUUCUGAAAAGUAGAAGCAAGUCAUCCAAGUGUGAAGGUGAAGGUUAUUGCGAAGGUCAACAGGGAGACCCGAUCCGGGGGUGGUAUCAAUCGCUUUGUCACUGGCUCGCUCGGGGCCUUGGGCGAAUCUUGUUACCUCACCGUUGUCUCUGCGUCCUCUCAGCCAAACAGGGGGGCUUCCAGGGCUCCUGGGACGCCCAGUCACCUUGGCCGUCCUGCUGCUAUCUUGGGAGAGGCUUCGAACCCGUGCUGGAGCGCGCUUACUGUGGGAGGUACAUUCGAGAGUCCCUCCUUGCUGCUCUCACCCCAUGCUUUCACUCCUCGGAAAGUAACCUCAAGCUAACAGCCAGUUUGUGCUCAGAGUCCAAAGCCUUUUAUCUACCUUUUCAUUCUCAGAUGCCUUUCCGCCCACUUUGA